AUGAGUUCUUCAUUCAGUCAGUCCACGUUCGGUCAGUCCACGUUCGGUCAGUCCACGUUCGAUCAGUCCACGUUCGGUCAGUCCACGUUCGGUCAGUCCACGUUCGAUCAGUCCACGUUCGAUCAGUCCAUGUUCGGUUCGAUCAUCCACGUUCGGUCAGUCCACGUUCGGUCAGUCCACGUUCGGUCAGUCCACGUUCGAUCAGUCCACGUUCGGUUCGAUCAGUCCACGUUCGGUCAGUCCACGUUCAGUCAGUCCACGUUCGGUCAGUCCACGUUCGGUCAGUCCACGUUCGGUCAGUCCACAUUCGGUCAGUCCACGUUCGAUCAGUCCACGUUCGAUCAGUCCACGUUCGAUCAGUCCACGUUCGGUUCGAUCAGUCCACGUUCGGUCAGUCCACGUUCGGUCAGUCCACGUUCAGUCAACACGUCCACGUUCGAUCAGUCCACGUUCGGUCAGUCCACGUUCGGUCAGUCCACGUUCAGUCAGUCCACGUUCGGUUCGAUCAGUCCACGUUGGAUCAGUCCACGUUCGGUCAGUCCACGUUCGGUCAGUCCACGUUCGGUCAGUCCACGUUCGAUCAGUCCACGUUCGGUCAGUCCACGUUCGGUCAGUCCACGUUCGAUCAGUCCACGUUCGGUUCGAUCAGUCCACGUUCGGUCAGUCCACGUUCAGUCAGUCCACGUUCGGUCAGUCCACAUUCGGUCAGUCCACGUUCGAUCAGUCCACGUUCGAUCAGUCCACGUUCGAUCAGUCCACGUUCGGUUCGAUCAGUCCACGUUCGGUCAGUCCACGUUCGGUCAGUCCACGUUCGGUCAGUCCACGUUCAGUCAGUCCACGUUCGGUCAGUCCACGUUCGGUCAGUCCACGUUCGGUCAGUCCACGUUCAGUCAGUCCACGUUCGGUCAGUCCACGUUCGAUCAGUCCACGUUCGGUCAGUCCACGUUCAGUCAGUCCACGUUCAGUCAGUCCACGUUCGGUUCGAUCAGUCCACGUUGGAUCAGUCCACGUUCGUCCACGUUCAGUCAGUCCACGUUCAGUCAGUCCACGUUCGAUCAGUCCACGUUCGGUCAGUCCACGUUCAGUCAGUCCACGUUCAGUCAGUCCACGUUCGAUCAGUCCACGUUGGAUCAGUCCACGUUCGGUCAGUCCACGUUCGGUCAGUCCACGUUGGAUCAGUCCACGUUCGGUCAGUCCACAUUCGGUCAGUCCACGUUGGAUCAGUCCACGUUCGGUCAGUCCACGUUCGGUUCGUCCACGUUCGGUCAGUCCACGUUCGAUCAGUCCACGUUCGAUCAGUCCACGUUCGGUCAGUCCACGUUCGGUCAGUCCACGUUCAGUCAGUCCACGUUCGAUCAGUCCACGUUCGAUCAGUCCAUGUUCGGUUCGAUCAGUCCACGUUGGAUCAGUCCACGUUCGGUCAGUCCACGUUCGUCCACGUUGGAUCAGUCCACGUUCGGUCAGUCCACGUUCGGUCAGUCCACGUUCGGUCAGUCCACGUUCAGUCAGUCCACGUUCGGUCAGUCCACGUUCAGUCAGUCCACGUUCGGUCAGUCCACGUUCAGUCAGUCCACGUUCGGUCAGUCCACGUUCAGUCAGUCCACGUUCGAUCAGUCCACGUUCGAUCAGUCCACGUUCGAUCAGUCCACGUUCGUCCACGUUCGGUUCGAUCAGUCCACGUUGGAUCAGUCCACGUUCGGUCAGUCCACGUUCGGUCAGUCCACGUUCGGUCAGUCCACGUUGGAUCAGUCCACGUUCGGUCAGUCCACGUUGGAUCAGUCCACGUUCGGUCAGUCCACGUUCGGUCAGUCCACGUUCGGUCAGUCCACAUUCGGUCAGUCCACGUUGGAUCAGUCCACGUUCGGUCAGUCCACGUUCGGUCAGUCCACGUUCGGUCAGUCCACAUUCGGUCAGUCCACGUUGGAUCAGUCCACGUUCGGUCAGUCCACGUUCGGUCAGUCCACGUUCAGUCAGUCCACGUUCGAUCAGUCCACGUUCGAUCAGUCCACGUUCGUCCACGUUCGGUCAGUCCACGUUCGGUCAGUCCACGUUCAGUCAGUCCACGUUCGGUCAGUCCACGUUCAGUCAGUCCACGUUCGGUCAGUCCACGUUCGAUCAGUCCACGUUCGAUCAGUCCACGUUCGGUCAGUCCACGUUCAGUCAGUCCACGUUCAGUCAGUCCACGUUCGGUUCGAUCAGUCCACGUUGGAUCAGUCCACGUUCGGUCAGUCCACGUUCGGUCAGUCCACGUUCGGUCAGUCCACGUUGGAUCAGUCCACGUUCGGUCAGUCCACGUUGGAUCAGUCCACGUUCGGUCAGUCCACGUUCGGUCAGUCCACGUUCGGUCAGUCCACAUUCGGUCAGUCCACGUUGGAUCAGUCCACGUUCGGUCAGUCCACGUUCGAUCAGUCCACGUUCGGUCAGUCCACGUUCGAUCAGUCCACGUUCGAUCAGUCCACGUUCGGUCAGUCCACGUUCGGUCAGUCCACGUUCAGUCAGUCCACGUUCGAUCAGUCCACGUUCGGUCAGUCCACGUUCGGUUCGUCCACGUUCGGUCAGUCCACGUUCAGUCAGUCCACGUUCGAUCAGUCCACGUUCGAUCAGUCCACGUUCGGUCAGUCCACGUUCAGUCAGUCCACGUUCGAUCAGUCCACGUUCGGUCAGUCCACGUUGGAUCAGUCCAAGUUCGGUCAGUCCACGUUCGGUCAGUCCACGUUCGGUCAGUCCACAUUCGGUCAGUCCACGUUCGGUUCGUCCACGUUCAGUCAGUCCACGUUCGGUCAGUCCACGUUCGGUCAGUCCACGUUCGAUCAGUCCACGUUCGUUCAGUCCACGUUCAAUCAGUCCACGUUCGAUCAGUCCACGUUCGGUCAGUCCACGUUGGAUCAGUCCACGUUCGGUCAGUCCACGUUCGGUCAGUCCACAUUCGGUCAGUCCACGUUGGAUCAGUCCAUGUUCGGUCAGUCCACGUUCGGUCAGUCCACGUUCGGUCAGUCCACGUUCGGUUCGAUCAGUCCACGUUCGGUCAGUCCACGUUCGGUCAGUCCACAUUCGGUCAGUCCACGUUGGAUCAGUCCACGUUCGGUCAGUCCACGUUCGUCCACGUUCGGUCAGUCCACGUUCGAUCAGUCCACGUUCGAUCAGUCCACGUUCGAUCAGUCCAUGUUCGGUCAGUCCACGUUCGGUCAGUCCACAUUCGGUUCGAUCAGUCCACAUUCGGUCAGUCCACGUUGGGUCAGUCCACGUUCGGUCAGUCCACGUUCGGUUCGGUCAGUCCACAUUCGGUUCGAUCAGUCCACAUUCGGUCAGUCCACGUUGGGUCAGUCCACGUUCGGUCAGUCCACGUUCGGUCAGUCCACGUUCGGUCAGUCCACAUUCGGUUCGAUCAGUCCACGUUCGAUCAGUCCACGUUCGGUCAGUCCACAUUCGGUUCGAUCAGUCCACGUUCGGUCAGUCCACGUUCGGUCAGUCCACGUUGGAUCAGUCCACGUUCGGUCAGUCCACGUUCGGUCAGUCCACAUUCAGUCAGUCCGCAUCACAAAUGCCAAACUGUAG